AUGUCCCGUCGUGAGGGCUGUAUCUGGCACCCAAUGCCCGAGGAGGUGCGCCGUUCCUCCGUCCAGUCACGCCGCGCGUCGUUGGCAGCCGGUCGUCGCAAGAGCUUGAACGUGAACGCGCCUGACUGGGAGGUGGAGGCCCCGCCGACCCCGUACUAUGGGGACUACAGCGCGCGUGGGAAUGCGGCGAAGGCGCACACCUCGCACGAGCCCGCUGCGCCACUGUCGGAGUCCUCCGAGAAGUUGCAGCAAGCCGGUGCGGCGGCCUGCGGGGAGGCGUUGCCCGGCGCGGUUGUGGUUUUGUCGAAGCCGAUGAAAGGCGAGGCGGGCCUCCGCGUGAGUCGCACUCGCCACACGGUGCGCUUCCAUGGCGAAAAGUGGGCGAAGGUGCUUCGCAAGUGCCGCGCCGAGAUUGUGGCAUGCUUUAUGGAGGACAUCAGGGACGGCGCGGCUGUCAUGGCCGAUGAGGCGAAGCGGCUCAAGAUCAGGAUGAGCAACUGUAUGGAGGUGACGUUCGUCACGUACAGCGACAGCCGCGCACGUCAAAAGGAAAUCCACUUUUCGCUCCAGAAUUACAGCUUCCCCAAGACUUGCCAGCGGUACACAAGCUUCAAGGCGUGA